AUGGAUGACAUAGAGGGGGCAGAAGAUUACAGAAUUGCCAUUGUCCUGCCAUUCCCAGAGGAAGCUGGGCCACCCUCAGUGGCGUGGGAAGCCUCUCAGAUGCUGGAUUCUAAUGGGCUCUUGAUCACCUUGGAUUGGGCUAUUUCAUUGUUACCACAAAAUAAACAGGAUGCUCCAAGUCAUGUUAUGGCAGAGAACCAACCAGCUUCACACUGGUCCUCUAAACCAAUCCUCACAACAGGACUGGGAGACAGGUGUUACCUUUCCCACUUUACAGAGAAUGAAACAGAGAGGCAAAGCCUCCGAAGGACCCUACACUUCGGACAUCGCAAAGCAGGAUCUGAGUCCCGGCUCCUCUGUCCAAACGUAGUUGCUAGGCUUUCUUUCCCAUGUCUACUCUAUAGCCAUGGGAUAUGGCUAUAUCCCAUUUUAGGCCAACCCUCUCGGUUUACAAUCCAGAGAGGGGAGACCCUCGAGAAGCCAAGUGACUUGUCCGCGGCUACGCGGCGAGUGUGUGGCAAGGUGGGAGGGGAGCCCGAGACGCCCUGGUCUCUCCUUUCUCUCGCAGGUUCCUUUCUCCCCGCACGCAGCCCGCAGGGGACGCUGGAGGAGGAGCUGAGCUGGAGUUGCCGGGGCCUCGGGCCGGGGCGUUCCGGGGGCGGUCCCCAGCAGCCGCGCAUUCCAGAGCCAGCAGCGCGUCCCGGCCGCUCCUGCGCGCUCCCGCCUCCCGGGGCUCGGAGGAGCGGGGGCACGUUCCAGGAGCUACCUGGGGCUGAGGUUCCAGGACUGGGGGUCGCUUCCAGCCGCCAGAUCCCGUGCAGUCCUGGGGGCCCUGAGAAGCACCGAGCCAUCCCUGCCUCAGGAACUUUCCGCAGACUCGCCGCCAUCUGGGGUGAGUGGGGCCACCGGGGGAUUGUCUGUGGGGCUCUGGCAGAGCGGAGCUCUUCGGAUUCGCGACCUACCUGUAGUACGGCCCCUUUCCCAGGGCUCCCAACGUUCUUCUUUAUGUCCAUUCUCUCCUCCCCAUUUCUCCCUUUUCAUCACUUUUGUAUUUCUUGCCCUCACCCCUCCUCCUUUUUCUCCCGCUGUCAGCUCUUAAGUUCCAGCCUCCUAGUGCACAGAAUUUUGGGCCUGGGGGAGGCGGAGCUUGGGUGGGCGAGCCCCAGCCCCACUCGGAGACUGGCUUCUCUCCGGGUCCCCUGCCCUUGCCUUCUCGGGAAGCCUCCUCCUCGGGCAGACUGCCACCUCCUGGCUCUCCAGGCCCAGCGUCAGGGUUCAGCGCCCGGGCCUGAGCACCUGCUUGGGCGCUGCGCUGGGUUUGGGUCUUUGCACUUACCUGUCCCGCUUUUCUCGAGGCCCCGUGUAGAAGGCGCCAGGAGUUUGGAGUCAGGAGUGGCGGGUUCCAGCCCUGGUUCUGUCACUAGCUGCUUCACCAUCCUUGUUUUUCCAUCAGUGAAAUUGGGAAAACAUUUUCUGCGUGCAGAAAGCAAACGAGAAAGGACAUGAGCAAAGUAUCUUGGAAAGAAGCCUUCCUUCAAGCACCCUCCUGCUGGUUAGCUGUCCCUUUCCUGAGGACGUAGUUGUUCCAGUUGCCGGUUGUUUUGCUCCCUACUCUCCCCCAUGCCAGUUUCUUGAGGGUAGGGACUGCCUGUCUAUCGUCAUCUCUGAGGCAUCCUCAGCUCUUGGCACAGGGCCUGGCUAACAGUAGGUGCUCCAUACAUACGUACUGAGUGAAAGGAUGAAAGGUGUAACCCCCCCGCCCCCCCACAAAUUGAAACAAACCUCAGGGGCUGUUUUUCUGAUUGAGGGCCAGGCUGGGCUCUUACUCAUGCAGCUGCACUUGUUUCUUCUGGACCAGCUGGAAUCCUGCUGCACCUGGGGGCUGAGGAGUCUCUGGUUCAUCUGUGGUGAAUACUAAGGUCCUCAAAGCUCCAGGGUAUGGUGGUGAAGGCUGCGCAAUCACACAAGUAUCAGAGAUUCCUUGAACAUCUGCUAUGAUGUGUGCUGCUACUGCAGUGGCCACAUAGUUUGGAAGGAUUGGGGAUGCCUGAAUGAGGUGGAGGUGGGAGUGGGAACGGGUUCUCUGGGGGUUAGGAGACCCUCUGAGUUACCUUAAUGGAGGCAUUUCCCCUCUCUGGCGCUUGUCUUCCCCAUCUGUAAAAUGAAGACACGGGAGUGGAACAGAUGUUUGUUUGUCUGUGGUUGAGCAUGACAUGCUCUUUGGUUUAUGCAGGCCGCACAGCAGCCAUCUAGACACACGCAAGGCAGCACAGCUGAGCUUUAGGACAUCAUGUGCUUCUGCAGUGACAACCGAAAAAAACCAAAAAGUGUUUUCCUGCUCCAGCCGGGACCUCCUGUUCCCAGCUGUCCUGGGACUGUGAAUCAUGCUGUGGGGGUUACAAGUCAUGCUUCAUGAACUCUCCCACAACUGACCUCUCCGAACCUCAGAACUGUGGCUCCCUGACACUAAAGAUCUGGGGAGUCCCAGAGAACAGCCAGAGAACCACUGAGCUGCGGUGAGGUGUUAGAGAUGCAAAACAAAUGAGACACUCUGGGGGCCUGUGGUCAGGUCAGAUCCUGGGCCUUUGGGGGUGACAGACCAAGGGGAUAAGGGCCAGUCACAGCCUCAGAUGCUUUCCCAGCCAUAUGCCAAUCCUUUAAACGUUGUGCCUCCAUUUCUUCUCUAUGGAUUAAAACAUGCAAAGGAAAUACCUCCAA